AUGGCCACACCAAGAGCCAUUGAGCAGGCCGUGCGGCGCUGUCAGGCAGCUGCUCCUGCAGGGCGGGUGCCCGUGGUGACGAUCCAGCCGGAACGCCCUGUGGCGUUUGGGGGAGGGGCUGCGGCACACCGCGCCGCCCCUGCCGCCGCGCGCUGGCAACCCCCGCAGCAGCAGCUCCAGGCGACGGCCAGCGGCGCGUUCGGCCAGCACUCCAACGGGCAGCUGUUUGGUGGAUACGCCCCGCCGCAGCAGCUGCCUUCCCACCCGCAU